AUGGCGGAUAAAGAUCAAAGAAUUCAAGUUAUAGUUCGCAAAAGACCGUUAAAUUCGAAAGAACGCCAGCGCGGAGAGUCCGAUAUCCUAAUUCAAAGGUCCCCAAACACGUUAAUAGUCAAGGAAGAAAAAGUCAAAGUAGAUCUGACUCGCUACAUAGAAGAGCACUAUUUCACAUUUGUAGCAGGUCUUUGGUCAAAGGAUUUUUCUCGGAUUAUUUAUUUUAUUUUUUUCACUUACUCCCACCCCUCUAUGAGCGAGCAAAAAAUUUGUUGCUCUCUAGAGAAGAUCGAAAAGAACGGAAAUCUCAAAGCCCUCGAUCGCCAUCAACUGGUUAAGAUUGAUUCAAAGGCAUGGAAUUCUGUAAGCCCACAACUUGUUAGAAAGUCAUUUGAACUAACGGAUUCUUAUAGCGUUGAUCAUCCAAAGAAGAAGUAAUUAUGUAAUCGGUCUAUUCUAUUAGUCUUUUUAGUCUUUAAAUUAAAAAUUGUUAAAUUUAAACUUUUACUUACGAUAUUCUUUUAUUAAAUCCUUUGAAUGAUAUGUAAAAUAAAUCUAGUAAUUUUUUCAAAAUUAUCUCUAAAUUUAUAUAUAUAAAAAAUUUGUUUUCAAGGAUUUUUGACCAAAAAAUAGGGAUUUUUCCAAUUAUUUUGUUCGCUAACGGAGUGGGGAAGCUAGGGCAUUUAUUCAGCAAAAAUAUUAGUAUUUAGGGAAAAAUCCCAUAAAAUAGUGUUAAGGAAAUGGCUACCAAGGGAAAUAUUCUGAAUAAAAAUCAUGGAGAUGAAACAUUUGAUGGGGUUUAUAAUGAAGAUGUCAAUAACGAACAACUUUAUAGAGCGACGGUACAGCCUAUUGUACAAGCUGCUUUCCAAGGGGCAAAAGUUACAUGUUUUGCAUAUGGCCAGACAGGCAGUGGGAAAACCUACACUAUGAUGGGAGAAGCUAGCACACCCGGUCUCUAUCUGCAAGCUGCAAAUGAUCUCUUUUAUUAUAGAGAUCAGUAUUAUCCAAAAAUCCAGCUGACAGUUGCUUUUUAUGAAAUUUAUUGUGGAAAACUUCAUGAUUUGCUCAAUGAUCGCCAUAUCCUCCAUGUCAGAGAAGAUGCUAAAUCUUCUACACGAGUGAGAAAAAUCAUCAUCCAUAAAGUGCAAAAAUAUAAUUGAUAUAUAAGAAAGCAUUAUUAUAAUGAAAUUUCUAGCUAAUUCUAUUAAAUUUCUAGCAACCCGAAUUCUUUUUCAUGAAUUAAUUUUUUUUUUCAAGCUUUUGUUGAUUUCCAAAAAGAUUUACUAUUAAUUUAUUAGAUUAAAAUUUUAGCGAGCAUUAUGUUUUUGAAAGCACAAGAAGGGGAGGAGUAAACAAAAUGUGAAUAUUGUUGGGUUGCAGUAUAAGCCAGUGGAUGGCGUUGAAACUCUAAUGAAUAUCAUUAGCUACGGUAUGGCUGCAAGAACGACAGGACAGACAGGAGCAAAUGAUGAUUCCUCAAGAUCACAUGGAGUCCUUGAAAUUUCUCUAACUCUAUCCUAUAUGCUUUCAUGGCAAAUGAAUUUUAAAUUUUUGAAUUAUUCAAUAAUAUUGAAAUCCUGUUCUUUUUAAAAAAUAAUAUAAAAAUCUAUAAUUUCAAGUAAAUAAAAUGGGAGUAAGAGAAGGAAGGGCAGUAAAAGGCAAAGUUACUUUUAUCGAUCUUGCUGGAAGUGAAAGAGGAGCUGAUGUCAGCAACUCUGAUGCAAAGACCCGUUUUGAUGGCGCUGAAAUUAAUAAAUCUUUACUCGCUCUCAAAGAGUGCAUCCGCGCUUUAGAUCAAGAUAAGAAGCAUACUCCUUUCAGAGGCAGCAAACUUACAUUGGUGCUUAAAGAUUCCUUUGUAGGCAACUGCAGAACAGUCAUGAUCGCAAAUGUUUCUCCUGGAAUUAACAGCUGCGAGCAUACCCUCAAUUCUCUCAGAUACGCUGACAGAGUAAAAGAGCUCAAAAAAGGUGGCGGAAGCGGCUCGAAAGGCCAAGAUCAGCUUGCAAAUGCCCUUAUGCUUCCAAGGCAAAAUAACAACGUCGUGCGAUACAUCAAGCAAGAGGAAGAAGAGCAGGAAGACACCCCAUAUCUCAAAAUGGCCACUAAAAACACCACAAAUGAGUAUGAGCGACCUAUUCUCAAGCAAAAUACCAAUAUAAAACAAAGCAUGCUAAAAAAUACCCCAAAUAAGACCAGUUAUAUAUCCCCCAAAAAUCAAAUCCCACAGAGAGCAGCUCAUGACUACGAAGAAAUCGAAAACAUGGACAUUGAAGAAUUAACUGCAGGGCAUGAAAAUUUGAUAGGUGUAAUUUUGGCUGAAGAAGAAAGACUUAUCAACACACACAGAAAAAUGAUCGAUGACAUGGUUGAUGCCAUUAAGGUGCAGAUGGCAUUACUUGGGGAGGUCGAUAAGCCAGGAAGUGACGUCGAACUGUAUGUAGGAGAGCUCGAUAAAAUUUUGGCUAUGAAAGAAGACAUGAUUAGAGGAUUCAGGUCUCAGCUGAAAAAUUUCAACGGGCAUUUAAGGAUGGAAGAAGCCAUGGCAAAAGCCUUCAGUUCUAGGAGAGCUCCAAUUGAUGUUUUUGAUUUAGGCUCACAUGACGAUGAUCUCUUACAAGACAUCUAA